AUCGCAACACCUCGGCGCCGACAGCUUCCCAACCCCCUUCCUAUAUAAAACACCCUCUGUCCUUCCUCUUCCUCACCACGCACGCACGACAUACAACGCAAACCAUGUCCACCAUCCGCCCCGUUCCCCCUGAGGAACCCCAAUCCACCCCUACUGUCUCCACCCCUGCCGCUCCUCCUCCUCCAUCCCUCUUCGGCGGCCCAUACACCCCCUCCCCAGCAGCAGCCGACACCAGCGCCCCCUCCACUCCCACCACCACCGCAACCUUGACACCCAAUGGUCGCCACCGCGCCUCAUCACCUCCUCGCAGCUUCAGCGGACCCCCUCCUUCCCCCGGCUGGUCCACAUUCGAAAUGAGUGGUAUGCUGCCCACUUCUGCCACUUUGGCUGCUCGUGCCGCGAUGAGACAGCCUCAGGAUUGGCCCGAUGUGAGAAGGGCCUGGUGGAAAAAGUUGUGGAGUUGGAUCUGUGGGUUUGGGUUCAGAUGAUUUUGUAUUUGAUUGUCGGCUCAUGACCUGAUACUCGACUUGAUGGAGACCUGGGUGUCGACGGUUGAGGUACGCCUAGUGAUUCUUAACAUCAUGGCGACAAGGUCCCGACGAAGGCUUGCUGUAAGUCACGAUCAUUUGUGGUUUGGGGUGCAUUGCUAAACGAGAGCAUAGAAGGCAAAACCAAGACAACAAAACGACUACACACAAUC